UCCCUCUUUUGCUAAAAUUGAAAAGUGUAAAAAAGCAGACCUGUUGAUUGUGGCAAAUUACUUUAAUGUACAAGUACCUUACAAUGUCAAUAGAGCAGAGCUCAAGCAGUUGCUGUGUGCACAGUUGGUGGAGCAGGGCGUCUUACCUAAACCAGUGCUUGAUGCGGUUGCUGCGGGUGACGUGGCUAGUGUCGCACCGGGGGCUGAGGUGAAAGCGGCGGGGGCUGCUGGCACGCUCGCUGCUGGUGCGGAGCUUGGGCCGGUCGCGGAUCCUCUCAUGGGUACCAUGACCACAGAGGAUCUCCGCAUAGCACUCCAAAUAAAGGAGGCAGAGACCCGAAACAAACAGCUAGAG